CUAUAUCUCGUCCACAAACAAGUCGAAUGCGCUACUGUAAUUUCUGACCCGAAACUGAUAAUCUUCAUGGUUUGGAGGCGGUUGUAUUUGCACCAGGGUGCUGCAUGUAGUUGCUCGACCUUGGCCGUCAACACCGACACUGGACGAGUUCACGCGAUAGCAUCGACUAGAGUUUGCACCGCUUUUAGACUCCUCAAUUCGACGUCUACGUGAUGUUCCUAAUUGUUCCUCAGGAUCUUCCUCGAAAACUGGACCAGAAUCGUCACUUGCUGCGGUGUAAAGGCCAUGCUCAACCUGAUAGCGACUAGAAUCCAUGAUAGCCCUGUACAUCCUGGCGCGUCCCUCGAACUUAUUGGCAAAAACAGCAGUAAUGGGUCCGCACGAGCUCGACAAACGAAGCACAUAUCGUGAAUCGGCGAUACCUCCGAACCUUGGCGGGAUGACUUCAACAUUUGUUCCAGGAGGCGCUUGCACAGCAAAUGUGCUCGAGAAAGGGAAUGCCUUCUGGAGAUCUGCCUGAGUUAUGUAUGCACAACGCUGAUUUUUCGAUGACUCACACACAUUACGCAUACUCUGCUGAAGCCACUUGAUGUGUUCAUCGUAGGCGUUUUCCUCUUCUCGCAGUUGAAUCAAUUCCGAUUGUAAACCUUCCAGAUGAGAAAUUACGCCCGGCUCGUCUUCCUUCUCGUCAGCUUUCAAAAGAUCACCAGCUCUUCAAAUAGCAAAGCCUACUCAACGAUGUAUCACAAUCGGAAAUAAAUUGACGUACUUCCACUGUAUGACAUUUUUCGACUUCUUCUCUAUGAGCCCUAUACCCUCGAGAACAUUCGUGAUAUCGUAAAUUCGCCGCUUUUGCCGAACGUUCAACGCCUCUGCUGCCUGAUUUAAAUCACAAAUGCCGCCAGCAGAACACUCUAACAAACGAAUGAAUCUUUGGGUUAGGAGACCCAAAGACUUAUCCGCCCGGGUUCCCAUUUGAGGUUGAUCGAUGCCAUCAUCGACAUCAUCAUCAUAUUCCGCAGUGAAAUCAACGUCGAUUUCUUCCAAUUGCUCGCUUUCUCCGACACUCCUGGAAGCGACACCGCGAGCGCCUGA